AUGGGAAGGUGGAGCACCACCAACACUGAUACUAGCACCAAUAUCAUUAGCAGUACAAGUGGUGCCAACAUUAACACCAGCAGCGCCCACAGCAGCCCAGCAGCGCCCACAGCAGCCCCAGCAGCCCCUACAACAACCCCCUACAGCAGCCCCAGCAGCGCCCACAGCAGCCCCAGCAGCGCCCACAGCAGCCCCAGCAGCCCCCACAGCAGCCCUAGCAGCGCCCACAGCAACUCAGGACCGCUACUAGAGGCGCUUGACACAGCACCCGCAGCGCCAGCACUAACCCCAGGAGCUACGACAGAAGCGCCACCUGCGGCGGCAACAGAGAUCAACAUCCUUCACGCUCUGUCUGUCACUUUAGCCUCCCUGGCGUCGCUCACGCAUGAGCACCCGGCCAACGUCGAACUGUGA